AUGAAUUUGCGUGACUCGGAUGACCAGAAGGAUAUUUGGACGACGGAGUAUAUCGGACAUGCAGCCAUAUGGGCUCGGGGACGAGCCAUGCUGGCCCGACUCAUCGCACUUCGAGAAGAGCUAACACCGCGGGGAAUCCGAUACGCGCAGCUUGCGCCUGUUGCACACUUGCCAAACGAGGUUCUUCUUAACGAGGCGUUGGAGAUGCUCCGAGUGCAACGAGCACCCUUUCAUUCGAGUUGGCCGUUUCCGGAGUCUGCAGGGGUUGGCGUAACCUUGCCCUCUCCUGCCCGGAGUUUUGGACCAACGUAUCACCUCUUUGCCGUCACUUUUUGUCAUUGGCCGCCUACUAAACGUGAUCGAAUUCAUCUGUCGAACGAGGCGUUUCUCCCUCGCAUCCUUGGUAUCCUUUAUUCCAAUGCUUGGCGGCUACGCAGCCUAAGAGUCUGGAAUGUCUCAGACUCGGCUCUUUUGACGAUCUUGCCAGAGCUCAUUGACGCAUAUGCUCCUUCCCUCACGGAACUAUCGAUCAAAGGAAAUCCCACUGUAGUGUUCUGUCACAACCACUAUAGAACCGAGUUUCCAUUCCUAAUUGACAAUUGCGCACCAUCUUUGUCCUCGUUGGAAAUUGAUCACUUCCCCAUACAUACACACACUAUACCUUUGGGAUGGUUCUUCAGCUUGUCCUCGCUGAGGUCCUUGACACUGCGAACAAAUGACUUGGAUCGCUUGAGACCAACGAAUCGGGUGAUACCGCUCCUGAUAGGUGGCGAGGACCUGCGGCUCCUUUUGCAAUCGGUCAAUGCACUGGAAUACCUUGCAUUGUACGGUCCAGUAGUCGACUGUGGCGAUGAAGAGAACGACAGUAUCAGUGCACCUUUUCUACGGACGCUGAUAAUCCAUUGCGAGACUCCCUACUAUCGGUAUCGUCAUGCUCUCCUCUUACAUACACCACUUCUUGACCACCUUGUAUCUCUAUGGCAGGACGAUUUGGAUGACGAGUUUUUUCUAGAGGAUCUGACACAAUGCCUCUUCCGCAAUCAAGGAGAGCCAAAAUUUCCACCCGUGAAACGGCUCCGGCUGCACGAUAGCACGGCCGAAGGAAGGCUACCUGCUACCUCAUUCAUCAGGGCAUUCCCAAAUGUGGAAGAGCUCAUACUAGGCGAAGCGGAUAUAGUGGAUUUCUCAUCUGCGUUACUGAGUUUGGUGAUGCCCAGCCCCAACACCAAAAGUGGGAUUCUUGCACCCGGUACUUGGCCUCGUGUCAAGACUAUUUUACUGGAUGGUUUGACGCUGAAGUCGUGGAAGCGAUGCUCCGGACCUCUUCGGCGGUGGAUGCGUGCCGGGGGGCAUGUGGAUCCGCUCGUCAUCACCCUAAACUUUGGUCCCGACGAGAUUAUCGACAGAUGGGCUGUAAAACAGCCGAACGCUUACAAGUUGGUAGUGGAAAAAGGUAUCUGGUACCUUUACUAG